AUGAAAGCCUUCAGCUCCAUUCUUAUCCUCCUCUUUGUCCUCCUCAAUCUCUGUCUCGCAACACAACGCGCAGACCGCUUUCCUGAUCAAAAGCAGGUCGACAAAGACAACUAUGAGGCCACGACCUUGGCUGCUGCCGAAAAGGGCGUCCGGCUCGAACACGGAAAACGCUAUGCCUUCCGCGAGAAAUGGGCCCCCGUCUACGGGGAAUAUAUGUGUCUGCCAGACUACUCGCACGUCCGGCUCAUCGUCGGCCAGUUCUUCAACAGUCCCACGCGGUCCGGACGCCAGGGCUUCGACGGUAAGGCCUUCGAGAUGAUCAGCGACGACGCAGAGACGAGACUGGGGCAGACGCCCGUGGGCGGACGGGUACACUCGCAGGUGGACAAUCUCUGGUGGGCGAACCACUAUUUCAGCGAGAAGAAGCAGGAAUGGGUCAAGACGAGCAAGGACAGCAAGUACGAGUAUCUUGGGGAAACUUCUUCGACAGAUGCGUAUAUCACAAACGAAGGCCUGGAGUAUGCUCGUAAGUGGCCUAGUUACAAUCUCAUUACGAACAACUGCAUGGCCUACACCGAGGAAGUGUGGAAGAACAUCCACUGA